ACUUCAUGUUUUUUACGGAAAAUGGCUACCGAAGAAUUGGUGACAGAGCAAUUUCAAUUUUUAGGAAUAGAUGUACAAAAGGAAGUUGUGUCGAAAUGUGUAAGUUUAUGUGAAGAAUACGAUGUAGAUGCAGAAUCUUUUAUUGAACAAUGGAUGGCGUAUAGUUUGAACCACAUGAAUGGUGCCUCACCUACUAUUGAAAAUUUAGAGACUUUAGCGAGAAAGGAAUUUUCCAAGCGAUCGGCAAACCGAACCAACCCGCCCGCUAAAGAAGCUUUACAUUCAAGUACCGGCACUGGCUUGACAGUAUACGAGACGACUGUUUCUUCUCAGCCAGAUAAUGCAGUGCUGUCAAAUUACAUGUCUUCUAUGAAUAAGAAAGUGAAAAUUGAAACAGAACCAAUACCGACGCUUCACGCGGAACUGCGACCUGCGACAUAUUCUCCAAAUGUUGAUCGUUCAGCAAAAUAUGCUUCUAGAAGUAACCCUGGCUCUGUGGUGUAUUCGUAUGGUGACGAACACCUUCUGCAGCGAAUUUCGCAGCCAAAUAUCUCUAAUGACAUUCUUAAUGUUAAUGUCACGCAAGUGCCCAAUCAUGACGGAAUCUGCUACACUAAAUCUAUGUUUGGAUUCGAGUUACUACACGAAAAAGCGAGUACAUUUGACAACCACAUUAGUUAUAUAUCACGAUGUAUAAUGAAAAAAGCUGGUAUCGCAGAAAGUACAUCAGUCAGACAUAAAACACAGACCGAGGUGACUGUAGCUGGCCGAAUAGAAUGCGAUGCAGAUGCAAGAUUAAAUCCGAAAUGUGUAAUGCUUCAAGGGACUUGGGAAGAAUCACUCAGCCAGAUAGUCUCCAUUGAUAUGGAUAACUUACAACAGUAUUCUCUGUUCCCUGGCCAAGUGGUGGUGAUGAAAGGUAUUAACCCACGUGGCGACAAGUUUAUAGCUCAUGAGGUUUUUUGUGAUUCAUCACUUCCUAUACCCGAUUGUAGAGCAGACAUGAUGAACUGUUUAGAAGGUACACUUUCAAUAUUGGUAGCUGCCGGUCCAUACACAACAUCAGACAACUUGAACUAUGAGCCACUGAAAGAUUUGGUCACACACAUUACAACUCACAAGCCUCAUGUAGUUAUAAUGACAGGACCAUUUAUGGACAGCGAACAUUCCAUGGUCAAAGAGUUGUCAAUGGCCGAAACAUUCAAAUCAUUCUUCGAGAAACUUGUUGACAGCUUGGGAGAAUUAAAUAAUAGCUGUCCGUUCACAAAAAUUUAUAUCGUAUCGAGCUUAAAAGAUGCUUUUCAUGUCAACAUCUAUCCCACUCCGGCGUAUUCGAGCAGAAGAAAACACAUGAAUAUUAAUUUCCUACCGGACCCUUGCACCCUCAACAUUAACGGCAUCAUCGUCGGCGUUACCAGUACUGACGUUCUUAUGCAUAUCAGCCAGGAAGAGAUAUCUUUAGGUAUGGGUGGAGACAGACUGUCACGUUUGGCUGCGCACAUCAUGCAGCAACAAACAUACUACCCGCUGUGGGGGGCGGGGGCGGGGUCUUCGCUGCCUGUCGACGCGGCGCUGUGGGCGGCGCAUGCGCAACUACCCACCACGCCCCAUGUUAUCGUACUACCAUCCAACUUCAGAUACUUCGUCAAAGAGAUAAACGGGUGCGUUGUUGUGAACCCAGAGCAUCUCACUAAGGGCACAGGUGGCGGCACAUUUGCUAGAUUACUGGUUUCCGCAGAAAAGGAAUCUAGGAAGAUUUGUGCUCAGAUCUUACGCAUUUAAGUUAAUAAAGACCUUUAUAU